CAGCUGUGGCGUCUCUGUUUCGGCCGGUGUUUAUGUAUUCCGCGAUUUUGGUCUAGAAACUAAGCUAGGUAGGCAAUGUCCAAUGCGAGUUCAAUGGACGCAACUGAAUUAAGUCCUUUUGUGUACUGGUCCCAAACGAAGCAUACGCUGCUUCUGAAGGUGGACCUCAAAGAUGCAAAGGGCGUCAUUGCAGACUUCACGCCCACCAUGCUAUCGUUUAGUGCCAAUGGUCAUGGAGCACGAGGCCGGAAUGCGUACAAGUUCCAGCUGCGAUUCUACGAGUUCAUUGACGAUGACACAGCCACAUUUACAGUGACGGACCACAAAAUUGAGCUGCUGAUACGAAAAGUGGAGCCGGCAUGGUGGGUGCGACUUGUGGCAACGCCACAGAAACCGCACUGGCUGCGUAUCGACUUUGAUCGAUGGCGCACUGAGGACGAUGGCGAAUUAAAUGAGACGGCGCGAGAUGUGCGCGAGGAUUAUGUGGAGGAGUAUAAUAGUCUACAAAAGCAGGAGAUUGGAUAUGUGCGGGAAAACGCGAAGAAGGUGUAUUUAGUCAUCUACAAUCUGGCGAUGCUUGUAGGCUACCUCCACAUUCUGGUCAUAAUGGGAGUGCUCUAUUUGCGCGAUGGUCCCGCCAGCAUUAAGCAUACUUAUGAGUAUGUGGGAACCUCAUUUAAAUUCGUUCAAUUGAUGCAAUAUAUGGAGGUAAUGCAUCCACUUUUUGGCUACACCAAGGGCAGUCCAUUGGUGCCUUUCUUUCAAAUCUCUGGACGGAACUUUGUGCUCUUCCUAAUGAUUGAAAUGGAACCGCGCAUGCAUGAUAAGCCGGUUGUGUUCUACGUAUUCAUCAUUUGGUCACUGGUGGAGCUGGUGCGCUAUCCCUACUAUGUAAGCCAGCUGCUGAAGCGGGAGAACGCCUUGCUCACCUGGCUGCGAUACACCAUUUGGAUACCACUUUAUCCCAUGGGCAUUGUCUGCGAGGGUGUCAUACUGCUGCGCAGCAUUCCAUACAUCGAGGAAACAAAACGCUUUUGCGUGGAGAUGCCCAACCAUUGGAAUUCCAGCUUUGACAUGGUGCUGUUCCUGAAAGUCUAUCUCCUACUACUCGCUCUGCCUGGCAGCUACUUGGUCAUGUCGCAUAUGUCCAAGUUGCGCGCCAAGAAACUGGGACGCGGUCGUGCCAAGCCAAAAGUUAAUUAAGAGUUUUAACUUUGUUAGUUCUACGAUUAGAUUCCUUAAAAACAAUUCUCCUUAUUUUAAGUUUAUACACAAAAAUGUUAUAUUAUGUUUAUUGAAAAUUCGCUCAAUCGAUUCGACUUCUAUAGUCAGAGAUUCUCAUAUGGUAAA